CCAGAUUUGAAUCAGGAACUCUCCUCAUUCCUUCCUCCUUUUCUUUCUCUCUUUCUAAUUUCUAUCCUCCCCUUCAUUCUCUAUUUGUAGCAAAUCUACCCAAUUGGUCUAAUCAAAGCUCCAAACUUUUUCUUUUUCAAAAAGCGGAACUAAAUAGGGAAAAAUUCUUGAUUGCCCAUCUUAAAUUUGGGAAGUAAAAUGGCUCAAAAGCAUUUGAAAGAACUACUAAAAGAAGAUCAAGAACCCUUUUAUCUAAAGGAUUAUAUUGCAGAUAGGAAAUGUCAAUUAACAAAACAAGCACCAAAAACUAAACUUCAAAUCAAAAAAUCAAAACCCACUUCAAUUUUAUGCAAAAAUGCUUGUUUUUUCUCUAUUCAAAACUCCCCUGAUUUUAGAAAAUCUCCUAAAUUUUUUGAAUUUCCACCUUCCCCUGUUCCUAAUAAGAGCCCUAGCAGAGUAUUCCUUCAUGUUCCUGCUAAAACUGCUGCUCUUCUCCUUGAUGCUGCUAUUCGGAUCCAAAAACACAAAUCCAAACCCAAAACCCAGAUUAAAAAUUCGGGUUUUGGGUUAUUUGGGUCCAUGUUAAAACGAUUGAAUCUUCGAAAUCGAACCCAGAAACUCAAAUCGAAUGAAAUUAAAACAGAGGAUGAAAACAUAAAAGAAGAAAAAGUUGCGAGUAUUUCGUCUUCAGUUUCAUCGUCUAAUUCUUCGUAUUGUAAUGGAAGAUCAAGUAGUAUGGAUUUAGAAAGUUCUAGUAGUGGAAGAUCAUUUGAAGAUGAAGAAGAAAAUGAUGAAUUUGAAUUUACAAAUGUUUUGAAAGAAAGUAAUAGCAAUAAUGGAGAUUAUUUCAAUGGAGUUUGCUUAAGUCCUUUGAGCCCUUUUCGUUUUGCAUUGCAUAAAAGCCCUUCUCCUGAACGACGUUCUCCGGUUUUUUCUUCUCCUGCUAAAUCCCCUGUCCGCUGCAGAUUUGAGGAGAAGGCAAUGUAUAAACACGAAAGCUUAGUGAAGUUGGACGAAGAAGAAGACGAAGACAAAGAACAGAACAGCCCAGUUUCCGUGCUGGAUCCUCCUUUCGAAGACGAUUACGAUGGGAAUGAAGAUGAAGACAAUUACGAUAUUGAUUGCAGCUACGCUUUUGUACAAAGAGCCAAGCAAGAGCUGUUGCACAAGCUAAACAGGUUUGAAAAAUUAGCUGAAUUGGACCCAAUUGAGUUAGAGAAAAGAAUGAGUGAAGCAGAAGAAGAGUAUGCUCUAAACCAAUCAAAUGAUGAGUUCCAAGAAUAUGAUUGUCACUUCCUUACAUAUGAUGAACUAACACAACAAAACCAUCAAUUUAUGCAAGAAGUCAUAACAAAAUCAGGCUUUCAAGAUGUGAAAAAACCCGGGAUCAAGAGACUCAUUUCGGAUCUUAUCAUCGAGGAAAAUUGCGAAGAAUAUACAUAUGACGAGCAAGUAAUUAAAAGGAUUUGCAAGAGAUUAGAGUCAUGGAAAGAGGUUGAAUCAAACACUAUUGAUAUGAUGGUAGAAAUGGAUCUCAAAACUGAUAUCAACUGGAAAAAUCCUCAACAGGAGAUCCAUGGAUCUGGAUUGGACAUUGAAGUUGCAAUUUUCGCGGUGCUGGUUGAUGAGCUUGUACGAGAUUUGGUAUGAUCUCGUUUGCUUCAUCGAGUUCAGAAAUCGUGUCCUUGGAGAUCCAUUAAUUUUCUGUUUAUCACGGGGUUUAUUGGUUCAUUAUUUUAUCCACUUAUUAGGCUACUUAAAACAUGGAACUUAAUCUAACACGAGAGAGGUUAAUUAGAGUAAUUAGAGAAGUAACCCGAGGAUGAUGAUGAUAAUGAUUCGGGUUUAGUACUAGUUUAGUAUCAAUGUAUGAUGUAUGUAUGGGAAAGAGGGGGCAAAUCACUUGUAUAAUGAAUAUAUUUUGAGUAGCUUAAACAUUAGCUAGCAUCAUCUUGAUGCUUGCCCUUUUAUGAAUAA